AUGAAUGAGAAAGUGUGUAGAAAUUUCUUUGCUAUAAGGAACUCGAUUUCCGAUCAAUUGAACAAAGAUGGAAACUAUCAACUUAUUAUUGAAAAUAAUUUAAAUGGGUAUUGUAGUGGUAAUAAGUGUGAACAUGAGCUCGAAAAAGUUAAUGCUGGAUGUUUAUAUUUGUUUGAUGCAUUUUUUAAGAAUUCUUCUGUGUUCAAUUAUCAUAAUAACAUCAAUGUUGUUUAUUACAUUAUGAUAUGGUUAAGUCAUAUGUUAAACCUAAAGGAAAAUAAUGAAAGCCACAUCAGUGCUCUAAACCAUUUUUAUAAUACAUAUAUAAAUAAUGAUAAAUACAAAAAUACUAUAAAUGAUGUUACGGGGUAUAAUAGUUAUAAGGAUUUAAUAGAUAAAAAAAAAUUGAUGAAUAUGGAUAUCAAAAUUAUAUCUAAAUUUUAUGAUGCAUUUAAUACAUUAUGUAUGUUGUAUAUUGAAUUUGAUGAUAAAAGUCCAGAUUGCAACAAAUAUUUGAAAUAUGCUGAUGAAUUUGAUAAAAAAUAUAAAAAACUUAAUAAAGAUUCUAGUAUUACUGGAAACGAUUCAUAUAAUCAACUAUUGUGUACUUUAUCAACUGAUUAUGAUAAUUUUAAAAAGAAAUAUAGUAAUGUUCAAAGUUGCAAAUCUUCACCCCUUCCAACGAUAGAAAAAUGUGUCCAAAGUUCUGAAGUAACUUCUGCACAAACAUUUGAGGUUGCAUCAUCAAGUUCGACGAUAGGAAACAAAUUAUUUAUAGUUUUAUCGAUAUUUGGUGCAAUAGCAUUUCUUUUAGGAAUUUCUUAUAAGUAUUCAUUAUUUGGAUUUCGGAAACGAUUUCAAAAACAAAAAUUAAGAGAAAAAAUAAAAAAUAUAAAGAAGAGAAUAAAUCAUUAA